AUGUCUUCCUCUCUCACAGGCACUCGGGCGCUUCCCGAAUCCCAGUAUGACCUCAGCACGUACUGGGGUCGCGUGCGCCAUACCAUUGGCAUCACAGACCCGAGUACACUCCUUGUGAGCACCUCGGGGCUCGAGCAGGCCAAGAAGGCCCUCAUAGCCUACAAGCAAGGCCAGACGAAGGAGAUGACACCCGAGCUGUGGAAAGCCAAGAAAAUUGUCGACUCGACAUUGCACCCGGACACCGGCCACCCAGUAUUCUUGCCCUUCCGCAUGUCCUGCUUUGUGCUCUCCAACUUGAUCGUCACCGCGGGCAUGUUGACGCCUGGCCUUGGCAACAGGGGGACCAUCGCCUGGCAAAUCGCGAAUCAGUCCCUUAACGUCGCCAUCAACUACUCCAACUCGAACAAGUCGUCGCCGCUUUCGUGGUCUAAAAUCGGCCAGUCCUACGCCCUGGCCGUGGGUGCCUCGUGCUCCGUGGCCGUCGGGCUCAACAGCAUCGUGCCGCGGCUGAAGAAGGUCACGCCGUCGACGAGGCUGAUUCUAGGGCGGCUCGUGCCGUUCGCGGCCGUGGCCAGCGCGGGUGCGCUCAAUGUGUUCCUCAUGCGCGGCGAGGAGAUACGCACGGGCAUCGACGUGUUCCCGGUGCUCUCGGACGGCGACAAGGCGGCGCUGGCCGCGCAGGGCAAGCACGAGAGCGACGUGGCCAGCCUGGGCAAGAGCAGGAAGGCGGCCACACUGGCUGUGGCCGAGACGGCCCUUAGCCGCGUCCUCAACAGCUCCCCCAUCAUGGUCAUCCCCGCCCUCGUGCUCGUGCGCCUCCAGGGCCGCAGCUGGCUGAAGCGCAACCCCCGCUACACCACCCCCGUCAACCUGGGCCUCAUCCUGGUGACGAGCUACGCCGUGCUGCCGCUCGCCCUGGCGGCCUUCCCGCAGAGGCAGAAGGUCAAGGCCGAGAGCCUCGAGGGCGAGUUCCAUGGCCGCGGAGGCGAGGACGGCUUGGUGGUCUUUAACCGGGGAAUUUAA